UUUAUUUUGUUGACCGAUACUCUUCACGAGACACUGCACUUUCUACUGAACCACAAAAUUUUGCAAUGUCAGUGCCUCCGUCAUCGAAUCGAAAGGUCGUGAUUGCCAUUUUUGCAGCAUUUUCAAUCACUUUAAUGACUGCUUCCAUCUUGUUCUUUUUGUGUGGUAAAUAUGCUAGACGCAGGCGACGAAAUAAAAUUGAUGCAAGCUUUGAACAAGAAGCUGCGGUGACUUCUGAAGAAUUCAGAAAAUUUGGCACGAAAGUGAAAGGAUUGAUCGUGGAAGAAGAUGGCCGAGAUGUAAUUUAUGUCAAAGAUUUAGAAGACAGAAAACUUAAAACCAAGUUCUCAACGGUUAUCUUGAAUCCUAGCUUUGAAGAAGAAGAGGUGAGAGAUGAUAUGGUUGUAAAGAGAACACGAAUAUAUAAACCUCAGGAAGUGAAAGGGAGAGUGAUAGAAUCAGUUCAACCAAAUGUACAACCUCUGGAAAUAACUCCAUCUGUGCAAAAUCCAGCACCACCACUGCCAGCAACAACACCAUCUCCACCUCCACCACCGCCACCUCCUCCUCCUCCUCCUCCUUUUCUACGGCGACCACCACUACCAACAGCCAAGAGACAUUCUGUGCCACUACCUCCACUGUCAGAGUCUGGUGGUCUUGUUUCAUCACUAAGACCCUCAGCAGCACCAAGAUGGAACACGAACAACGAUGGCAGGGCACCGAGUUCAACAGAGGAAAGUUCAAAAGUGACUAGUGUUAGCAAUAUGAAGCUAAAGCCAUUGCAUUGGGAUAAAGUUAUGGCCAAUGCUGAUCAUUCAAUGGUUUGGAAUGAGAUCAUUGAUGGCUCUCUCAGAUUUGAUGAUAACCAAAUAGAAACACUGUUUGGAUACAAAACUUCAAGAAGCAAAACCCCUGAAGGAAAUGGAGUCUCAUCAAGUAUUAGCAGUUAUCCUGCCUCAAGUGCUCAAACUUUCAUCUUCGAGUCUCGGAAGUCGCAGAACACAGCAAUUGUACUAAAAUCAUUAGCAGUUUCUCGUAAAGAAAUCCUUGCUGCCCUUGUUGAUGGCCAUGGCCUCACCACUGAUGCCCUUGAAAAACUUAACAGAAUUGCCCCAACCCAAGAAGAAGAAGCCAAAAUCCUGCAAUUCAGAGGCAACCCGAGUAAACUUACAGAUGCUGAAUCUUUCCUUUACCACAUCCUGAAAGCUGUUCCGUCCGCAUUCAUCCGGAUCAAUGCAAUGCUUUUUAGAUCAAAUUAUGACGCAGAAAUUCUCCAUCUCAAGGAAUCCUUGCAAAGCCUUGAAUUGGGAUGCAAAGAACUACGGAGACGAGGCCUCUUCUUAAAACUUCUUGAAGCCAUUCUCAAGGCUGGCAAUAGGAUGAAUGCUGGGACAUCUAGAGGCAACGCACAAGGUUUCAACCUUGCUGCUCUUAGAAGGAUUUCUGAUGUUAAAAGCACUGAUGGCAAGACUACUUUACUUCAUUUUGUGGUGGAACAAGUAGCUCAAUCAGAAGGUAGAUGUUGUGUAGUCGAUCAGAACAGAAGUGUUGAAAGAAACAACAGCAAACGAGGAAUCAAAAGUGAUUCAGGUCCAGGCACCCUAUCGGAAGCAGAAAGACAAAAAGAGUACCUACUGCUAGGAUUGCAAGCAUUGAGGGGAUUGAAUAUUGAGUUCUCCAAUGUCAAGAAAGCAGCCAUCAUAGACUAUGAUAAUUUGAUUAGCACAUGCUCCUCUCUUACGGCCCGUGUUACAGAAAUCCGGCUGCUCGUUACACAGUGCGAAAAUUGUGAGGGGGGUGGUUUUUUCAGGGAUAUGAAAGGGUUUUUAGAGGAGACUGAGGAGGAAACUAGAGUGGUGGUAGAGGAGAAAACAAGAAUUCUGGGGCUUGUAAAGAGAACAACAGACUAUUACCAAGCAGGAGCUGCAAAACAGGACAGGGCAAACCUGCUUCAACUGUUUGUCAUUGUGAAAGAUUUUCUUGACAAAGUUGAUCAAGUCUGUAUGGAAAUUUCUCAAAAGAUGCAAAAGAAGGAUAUGGCAGCAAAUAUAGGAUCAACAUCACCCCCAUUACCACCAAUAAGAUCCCCAGUGAAAUUUCCAGACUUCCGUUUAGGUUUGAUAUCAGAUUCAUCAAGGAGUCCUUCUUCCAGUGAAUCGGAUGAUGAUUUCUGAAUAUAGUUGGAUAAGUAAGUUUUAGGAGUUAGAUCUCAAGGAAAUAAAAUGGAAGCAUAAGAUUUAUGAAAAUUUCCAAAAUUGAUCUAAAAGUUGAUUUUUCUUUACCUGAGGA